AUGACAUUUGAUUUCUCCGCACUUCCUGCGAUUCCUUUGGCGUUGAGCAAGCCGAGGGUUCCGCGGCAGGCAAAGGUGGAGAGCAAGGCGAAGGCGGAGGAAGAUGUUGCAGGUUCGGCGCAGUCUGUGGUGGAUGUCAAGGAGAAUGGCAAUGGAGGAGGGUCACAAUUGAGCGGGAUGCAGGCUGGCCCAUCGGUGGAGGAGGAGACGGAGCAGGAGGUGAAGGAUGAUGGAGAGACACAGCAAACCGCACAGGCACCUGCAGUACAGCCGGUGGCUGCUGAGAAGAGCGAGGAGGUCGAGGAGACGAAUGUCGUAUCCGUCGGCUCGGAUAGCGCUGCAGUGUCAGUUUCGGAUGGUCCAACGCCAGAAGUUUCCUCCAACGAAGCCACUCAAUCUCACUCGUCACCGACAAGCGGACAUACAGAACCACUCGAUUCCAGAGUCGUGGAGAACGUCUCGUCACCUCGCAAACCGACCGACAGGUUCGACAUGCGUCAUAUCCGUACCGAACUUCCGCCUGCUUUUGUUCCCUCCGCUGGACAGUACACUCCUCAGUCUGCGACAUCUUCACAAGCCCGCUCGCAGCCUUCAUUUCCGCCUCAACACCACCAACACCUAUCGCAUCCGAGCACCAGCAGCAUCGUCUUCGGCGGUCAAGAUUCCUCAAACUCAUCACCAGCUCCACCCAUGGCAACAAAUUCGGCAUUUCCGCCUCCGCAGCCUCCUCCUCAAGCGCCUUUUUACGGACAUGCACAUCACGCAUCGGAGCCACCGCAAGGACAGCGCAACUUUCAGCCAGGCUAUGGCGCACGCGCUCCGCAACAGUUCUACCAUCCCCAGCAUGCGCCUUUCCGAUACCCACAACGGGAGACUUUCGCUCAGGGCAUGAACUCGCCACAGAAUGGCUUCGUCCCCAACUCGCGUUCGGAGUCGCCAUACUCGCCACAGGUACCUGGCUCACAACGAUCAGCGUCAGACCUGCAAUCGCCCGUACCAACAGAGCCUGCCAACAGUGCCCGCCAUACACAAUACAACGCAAAGUUUGCGGGCAAGAAUCAACAUCGUGGCUUGCCAACACAACAUCACUACCCGCCAGUACCUCAGAACUUCAAUCACGAGAUGUCUAGUUAUGAGAGUGCUGAGGCGUUGCGAGACUAUCUCAUCGAUCGAUUCAACAAGGAAGAACUCGUUGACUGCAUUCUGGAGAUCUCACAAACCAAGGGAAAUGGAGACGAAGAACAUGUACACUCGCUGCACGGCCAUAGAGUCAUUUUCAGUCGCAGCCCGUUCCUUGCCAAGGAAAUCACGAGCGAGGCAAAUCGCGCCAGUCCGGACGUGCCCUUGCAACCGGACAUCUACAUAGGCGGUCAAUACCUCCGCCUCAAGCCGUUGCUACAAGCCGUGAGAUAUCUCUACGGCGGCUCGCUCCCCGUGCUCGACUUCUACACCCAAGGUCCAAACGGCACCACGGUCGUGCCCAUCAUUGAACGUAUGGAGUCUGCCCUUCAACACAUCGCCAUCGGCGCAAGGCUCGAAGUCGCACCCAUCGCCCAUCGCGGCAUGGAUAUCGCCUUCAGCCUUGUCAGCUGGGAAACCGUCCCUUCAGUCCUUGCAUUCGCCCUCGACAGCCGUUUGGGACCAAUGUGGCCAUCGGACGAGCCAUCCACCGAUCGUGAAGAACCCAAAUACGACCCCUACGCCUCCGCCCUCCUCCAACGCGUCCUCGAAUUCAUGGUCCACAACUUCCCCCCAAACUUCUACAUCGACGCCACCGCUCCUCAACUCGCCGCUUGUCCUCGUCUACCCACCCUGCCAACUCCAUCUUCCACUCCCAAUUCGACCAACCCGACAACCACCUCCACCACAUCCAAACACGAGUCCCGCCCCUCAACCUCAUCUUCCGACCCUCGCCUUUCCAAAAUCCGCUUCGGCGACCUCUCCGCUGAGAUCCCCGAACCCCACGCACGACCCUCCAUCGCCGCGACAAACGUCUCCUCCAUCCUCCUCUCCCUCCCAUUCUCCUUGUUGAAAUUCCUCCUCGAACACCCCGCUCUCUCGGAUCGUCUGGGCGCGGAGACGGUGGGGAGUAUCAUGCGGCAAGUUGUAGGGGAGAGGGAGGUGAGGAGGAAUCAAGUCUUGAAAGUGGGUGCAAGGCAGGGUGUGAAUGGCGUGGGGAAGGUUGAUGUGGAGGGGAACGUGGUUUGGGAAGAGGUUGUGGCUAGGUCGGAAGUGCAUCGGGCCGGGUGUUGUUUGGGGAGAAGGAAGGUCGUGGGUGGGCAACAGGGCCUGAAGAAUGGAGUGGAAGGUGGUAGGGAGAAGUGAAAGGUGGUGGGGAGAAGUGAAAGGACCGGAUUUGGUUCUUUGGAUACGAUGGACUUGGAGUCGCACGACGCCGAAUCGAGCGAGUGCAUCGCGCCAAUGAGGGCGGGAGAACGAGCAGCUGCGCCUUGGCACAUUUGUUGCGAAGAAAGGUCGUUCCUCGCUGAGCAUGGCAAUGACACCGAAGGAAGAUUGGCCUCGAGCCGAUUCCUUUGGCAGAAUCUAAAUCAGAGAGGUCGGCUUGGUGAGCUUGCGCGCUCAGACCCCGACGUGGACUGGAGAGGUAGAAAGAAAGAAGGGAGCAAAGCGACUUGUCAGACAGUACAUAAUAACGCUUCGC